GCGCACCCUCAGCUCCUCCAAAUUGCAGCUCGGACUUGGAGUACAAUUUCGAAAAAUGCGGGGAGGAGCAGCACCCCAAUUCCUAUAUAAACUCGCAUCCUCCCCAUCAACUCCCACGCUCCGCUCUUGCUUCGUUCGCAUACAUCCUCAACACUCACAUAUGCAACGCUUCACCAGAACCAGCGCCGCACGCGCAACCCGCACCCUCGCCAGGUCUUUCUCCAGCUCCACCCCGGUGCUCACCAACUAUGGGUUCAUUGGCCUUGGCCAGAUGGGCCAGAACAUGUCGCGCCACCUCCACUCGAAGCUCAAACCGGAGGACAAGCUCUUUGUGUACGAUGUGAACGCUCCGGCAAUCACGGCGGCUCUCGGAAACACUAAGGACCACGGACACCAGCAGAUGUACGCUGCAAGCUCCGUUGUGGAUGUCGGCGCCAACUGCGAGGUCGUCAUCACGAUGUUGCCCGAAGGCAAGCAUGUAAAGGCGGUCGUGCAAGAGAUUGUCGACUUGAAGAAGGACUCGCCCACCGUGUUUGUCGACUCAUCGACCAUCGACAUCCCUACGAGCCAGGCGAUCUCACAGCUCGUGCGGGAAGCCAACGCGGGCGAGUAUCUCGAUGCACCAGUGUCCGGAGGUGCGAUGGGUGCGCGUGACGCAACCCUUUCUUUCAUGAUUGGCCGCGAGGGGCCAAAGCUCACGGACGACCGCUUGCAAUUCAUUUUUGAUGCGAUGGGCGCGCGCAUCUUUUUCAUGGGUAAGAUAUCGUCCGGGCUCGCGGCGAAGCUCGCGAAUAACUACCUCCUCGCGUUGACGAACAUCGCAACUGCUGACUCGUUUAACCUCGCGCGCACUUUUGGUCUCGACAUGGCCGUGUACGCAGAGCUUGUUUCCAAGUCGACGGGUAACUCGUGGGCGAGCGCCACCAACUGCCCGGUUCCCGGUGUCAAGGCCGGUGUUCCGAGUAACGAUGGCUACAAGGGCGGCUUUGCCACUAGAUUGACCAGAAAGGACAUGGUUUUGGCGUGUCAGAGCGCCGAGUCAAUUGGCCAGCCAUUGUUUUUGGGUGCUAUUGGGAAGGAAAUCUACGACAAGGCAUGCGAAAGAGAGGACUUGGCAAACAGAGACUUGGCCGUGUUGUACGAGUGGUUGGGCGAGAUGGGGGGUGACUCGAGAGUCGCUUAAUCAACAUCGCACAAGUAGCAUCGCGACCAGUGUAGCAGACAUCCAACACGAAUCUGAUCAGCUCCGCGAUUGAUUCGCAGGUGACUGUGAUAUCCACUUUCCAUACUAAAUCAAGGGAUGGGCAACUUUCCCUUGAUUCUAGCAAAAUUAUCAAAUACAAUAUAGCAUGAUACCUUUAACCCUGUAGUUUUGGCAAGCGUGAGGAGUAUAUAGAUGUAUCUAUUU